UUCCCCAAAAUUCCUCAAUUCAUUUGGGAGCUUAUGUGCGCCCAGAAUAUAGGCUACCUCAGUACCCUGACCCUUGAAGCAGGGGUUCACUUUCCAGGUAACUCAAGUAAAUCGCAUACCUUGAAAUACGCCAAGGUUCCAGUGGUGCACCAUUUGUCAUAUUUCCGGACUUGCUUUUUUGCGGUAUUUACUGCCAGGCGGGAGAACCUGUGGCAAAGUCCUCUGAAAGCAACCAUCGUCAAGAAAACAAACGCAGUUACUGCGAGGAGAAAGGAGCGACAGUCAGGUCGGACUAAUUAACAGCUUCCAUCCACCUGUGUGCUACAACCUGACAUGCGCAUGAGCGGUGUCUGUAGGGCUUACUCUCAGUCAUUGAGAAACUGAAGGGAUCCACAGAGCAGGAGGUCAGGAUAGUGCUGCUGGGGCUGGACAACGCCGGCAAGACCACCCUGUUAAAGAGCCUCGCAUCUGAGGAUGUGAACACCAUCACGCCGACACAGGGCUUCAACAUUAAGAGUGUUGCCUCUCAUGGCAUGAAGCUCAACGUUUGGGACAUUGGAGGACAGAGGAAGAUCAGACCCUUCUGGAAAAAGUACCUGGAAAACACAGACCUACUGAUUUAUGUAAUCGACAGUGCUGAUAAGAAGCGGUUUGAGGAGACAGGACUGGAGUUGUCCGAACUGAUCGAUGAGGAGAAUCUAAAAGGCGUCCCCGUGCUCAUCUUUGCCAACAAGCAGGAUCUGGCUACAGCAUCGCCGGCCAGUGAGGUCGCUGAGGGACUCAACCUGCAUACUUACCGGGACCGUGAGUGGCAGAUUCAGGCCUGCUCUGCUGUGUCUGGGGAGGGAGUUCAGGAUGGCAUGAACUGGAUUUGCAACAACAUUGUAAACAAGAAGAAAUGAAACAGCGUUCCAAACCACAGUGACCAGAGUCAAACAGUUGUCGAGCAUCACAAAAGGGAUCAAAAAUAUGUAUUUCAGAUUGUCUAACAUCAGCACACCUCAGCUUGAAAGCUCCUGCUUCCCUGACAGAUUUGAUUGAUAAUGCUGUGUUUACGAUUUGGUGUCAUUUUUAUGAAUAUUUUGCAAAUUUAAAGAUUUUUAGCUACAAUACGUAAAUUAGACACAAUGUAUGUUUUUCCCUCCCCAUUUCCCAAGGGUCUUUGUCUGGUGAAUUUGUGUGUUUUCUUUAACUCAGAGAAAACCAAGCUGAGUGUGUAGCCAUGUAGAAUUGUCGGGGUUUGUCAGAUAUAAAUACUACCUGUUCAGAGUGAGUGUAAAGUGUAUGUUUCGAGGUUUUUGACAAUAAAAUAGUUAUUUAUGC